AUGUCUGCUUCGAAAGUAGCAGCCAUCUGCUGCGUUUUGCAGACGGCGAUUCUCUGCCAAUUUUACCCUACGCAAUCAAAGACCGCAAUUUCAAGUUUAUCUGUGGUUCUAUACUUUUUCUUGUUUCUCAGCUGGAAGCUCUAUCUAUGGCCUCUCUGGCUCAGUCCCUUGCGUAAUCUGCCCGAGCCUUCGGGUGGGCACCGAUUUUCCGGCCAUGUGAAGCUGGUCCCAAAUGAGCGAUCAGGAAUGCCUUUACAGGAAUGGAUUAAUGAAGUGCCCAAUACCGGGCUGAUUCGAUAUCGCAUGCGAUUUAACAAAGAGGUGGUCUUUGUCACCAAUCCCAAGGGCCUUUCCGAGGUGUUGGUUCAAAAGAACUAUGAAUUUUCGAAGCCAUACAAACUACGGAAGGGACUCGGUCGAAUUCUGGGGGUUGGAUUGCUUAUUGCUGAGGGGGAGGAACAUAAGAGACAACGCAAGCUCCUAAUGCCAGCCUUUUCCCACCGACACAUCAAAAACCUCUAUCCAAUCUUCUGGGAAAAAUCCGUUGUGCUGGCCCAAGAGAUAAACGCGAACAUCGAGAGAAAUGUGGACAAAUCGAGUGAAGUCUUCGAUGUCGGGGACUGGCUAGCACGGGCUACCUUGGAUAUCUUAGGUGCAGCUGGGCUUGGGGAGGAGUUUGACACGCUUCACCAUCCAGAUAACGAGAUAGUUCGGGCCUACCGAGAUGUCUUUGAGCAAAAGCCUCCUAAUAGCCUUGUGGGAAUUGGAAUGUUCUUGUUGCGCGAGGCCCUCACAUCGACACUAAAUCUACAGCGGAAUGACAGCAUCUCCGUGGCUACCAAGACCCUGACAGGUGUGGCGCGGAAACUCAUCGGCCGAAAAAGGGAAGUCGGUACUGAAAAACUGGAAAGCGAUGGCAAGGAUAUCAUUUCCGUGGCUCUGGCGUCGGGGGCUUUCACGGACUCAAUGUUGGAAAACCAUCUGUUGACUUUCCUAGCCGCCGGACACGAGACUACAGCGACGUCUAUGACGUGGGCCCUGUAUGCCCUAUGCAUAUAUCCUGCCGUCCAGCAGCGACUAAGGGAGGAGGUGCGAGACAAAUUGCCGCGGGUUUUGGAUGAUGCUCCGGCUCUUCCUAUGACAGCCGAGCUGUUGGACAGUCUUCCGUAUUUGCAUGCCGUCUGCAACGAGGUCUUCCGGAUUUAUCCCCCAGCCGGCAUGACUCGACGUGUGGCAGUCAACAAUACCUCUAUCUUGGGGCAGUUUAUUCCCGCUGGUACAGAGAUCGUGGUCUCCCCAAGAGCGAUGAAUGUGUCGCGAGAACUGUGGGGCGAAGACGCCGCCGUUUUUAACCCGGAUCGAUGGCUCGGGCCGAACCGAGCCAAUACUGGAGGAGGAACGACCAACUUUUCCUUUAUGACUUUUCUUCAUGGUAAAUGUGGCUCUAUUGCCUCUCUGAAUCGCUUUGCUAAUAUGGAUUUGUAG